CAGCUGGCGGGCGCGCGGUUCCGCGACAUCAACGAGCAGCUGUACACGCGCGACUCGGCGCACGCGGUGGCCCUCUUCGGCGCCCAGCCCGAGCUCUUCCACGCCUACCACGAGGGCUUCCGGCUGCAGGCCUUGAGACGCGCUGCGGGCUGGCCGCUGCGCCCCGUCGACGCGAUCCUCGGCUGGCUGCGAGGGAAGCCGGCCGCGUGGGUGGUGGCGGACGUGGGGUGCGGCGACGCGGAGAUCGCCGCGCGUGCGCCGCAGAAGGUGCUCUCCUUCGACCUGGUCGCCUCCCAGCCGCACGUGACAGCCUGCGACGCGGCGGCGCUGCCCGUGCGCGACUCGUCGGUGCACGCGGCGGUGUACUGCCUCGCGCUGAUGGGCUCAAACUACGUCCAGUUCCUGCGCGAGGCGCGCCGGAUCCUCAGGCCGCGGGGCCACCUGAGGAUAGCGGAGGUCAAGUCUCGCUUCGGGGACACGGAGGAGUGGCUCGCGAUGAUGCGCGACGCCCUCGGCUUCCAGCUGGUCGACCGCGACGACUCCAACUCGCACUUUGUCCUCUUUGGCUUCCGAAAGGGGGAGAUCAAGGGCGAGGGGGCGGCGCCAGCCGCGCCACCCGCCGUGCCGCUCAAGCCGUGCCUCUACAAACGGAGG